CGCUAAAGAACACAUUUAGCUCUGUGGAUCCAAGCGAGCAGAGGGAGUAAACAAGUUCCCAGAGUUUUUUUCCCCCCAUUUUCCCUUCCCUCUCACUUUAGAGGAGGGAUGGAGCUGGAAAGCUGAAAACUGCAGCUGGAGCCUGCAGAGUUCCAGCAAACUGUAGAAUCUAACCUCCUGUCCCACUCUGAAGCCCCUUUUCACGACCCUCUCAUCAGAACUCUGUCGCCCUGCAGAUCCUUGGGAUCCAACAUCAAGCACAGCAUGAAACUCUGCGUUAUUCUUUGCCUUGCACUGUUUUGGGUGGAGCUCCAACAUGGCUCCUGCCAGCAAGCCAAGAGAAGAAAGGAUUCAGGCGAUAACCGUAACAGAGCGGGAGGAAAACGGGGGAAGAUGCGGCAGCCCAAACUGAAGGAAGGCGGUGGGAGAGGCCACAGCCUACUGACACAGGUGCUGGAAAAGGGUCGCUUCCUGCGCCUGGGUCAGAGCACAGUUUUGGCACCCGGGAACAACGUAGAGCUCCGCUGCAAAGGCAGCAACAUCGGGUGGUCUUACCCCUCCUACCUGGACACCUUCAAUGACUCUCGGCUCAGCAUCAUACAGAGCGACAAGUACAGUCAGCUCAUCCUGACAGCGCCCUCAGCUGCAGACACGGGACAAUACAGCUGCUGGGUGAUCGUGUGCGAUGGCCGUGAGUGCCAAAAGGACCACGAACAUGUGUAUGCAUCCCACAUCUAUUUUGCAGACAAGGACAAUCUCUUUGUCCCGUCGGACAUCCACUUCCAGAUAGUAUACCUGCGCCCAGACAAGCCGGCUGUGGUGCCGUGUCGCGUGACUACUCCGCAAUCAACCGUGUCACUGCACAGAGAAGUACCGCCUGAGGAGAUCCCUGCCAAUGGGACCUUCGUGAACUACGACCCCGCCAAGGGUUUUGUCCUGCAGAAGCCCGCCCAUGAGUAUCAGGGGGUGUUCUACUGCAAGGCAGUGGCCAAAGGAACACCACAGAUCUCCAAUAAAUACCAGCUGCUCUAUGUAGAGGUCCCCAGUAGUCCACCAUUUGUGAGCCUGCAAUCUUCUUCUUCGCUGGUCAGCGGAGGUGAUAACAUCAACGUGACCUGCAGUGUGAUCGGGGAGCCGGAUGUCGACGUAAGCUUCACCUGGUCCUUUCCCGGGCAGGGGCAGCGUCCGGUUCGAAUCCAAACUUCAUGGAGGCUGGUCAAUCGAGGACGGGGUCAAACGACACGUAUCACACAAAGUGUUCUCGGCGUGGAGGACAUGGAGACCAUCGACUUCGGAAAGUACUUCUGCAAAGCCAAGAACCAGCACGGCGAGACGCUUGUGAUGACCAGUGUCAUGUCCAAAUAGCCUCUGUUAAGAACAUGUUGCUAUAUUGAAAACAUGCUCGAUAAAGCUAACCCAUUGCGCAUUGUUUUUUUUAAAGAAUCCCAAUUAAAAUGUUAAAAAGCUGAA